AGUCGAACCAAUGCUACGACAAACAAACUUUUAUCAGAUCCUAAACAAGACACGUUUCUCUUCCAUUUUGAAACAUUUAUUUCUACUAAGAUGGAAUAAAUCACAUUUGUUUUUAACCAGUUUCUAAGGAAGCGGGUGUUUCGAGUGAAUCACAAAUCAUCUGUUUAUAUUAUGAACUGAACUUCAUUGUGUCUUUUCAUACUGUACGCGACUUCACAGAAUUUCGCUAGUUUAACGUGUCGUACACUCUAUUUUCAACACACAAAGUUCAAAACAGGCAAACGGAGACAGUCGUUUCUUGUGGGUUAAACCAGGCCGCGGUCACGGGCCGGAACGGGGUGGUCUCCCGUGUUUAAGAUAAAACGAGAGAGAGAGAGAGAGGUGUGGUGAAAAGCCACACAGACCCUCGACAUUGAUAACCUGGACAUGAACUAGGAAGUGUGUGGAUGUUUUUACCGACUGGCGUAAAUCAUGGCGUUCGUAUUGGGACAGCCUGACGCUGCUUCUGCCCGCAAAAGUAUCGCGGUUAACGAGACUCGCGGCCCGGCGACGGCGUUCGAACCCGACGACGAUGACGACAUGUACAGCGUCUCGGAGUACUCCACGGUGGGGAGGUCGAGCAAGAAGGGCAACCACAACGACGCAGACCACUACUACAAGGCCACGCUGUCGAAAUCCACACUGCUGGAGCGACUGGAAUCCAUCACUAUGGACAACACGAUUCCGGGGAAAGAAAUUACGAUGAAGACUGAAAACGGACAAAUCAAGGAGGACACAUCCCCGGAGGGGUCCAACGACAACACAGGGGACCUUGGGGCGUUUCCGCCGGAACCGGAAGACGUGUAUGCGCCGAUGCCCUCGAGCUUCACGACGUUUGCGCAGACGCGGUUCCAGAUGAAGAUACCGCCCACGUACUGCUGUGCCGCCCUUCAGCAGCCGCUGUUACCGAAACAGGACAAGAGAGAUCAUCUGGCGUCUCUCUCAGCGUGGAUAAUGGUUUUGAGGAUUAUGGGAGAUUUACCGGAACCGGAUAUGAGUCAUAUUCUGCAGUUACCAGGGGACCACCCUCAGGUAAUAUCGAGAGUGAAGGAGGCUUUCAAAAAGCGAUACACGAAGAAAGAAAUUGAAGAAGCACAUAAAAACUAUUCUGAACUGUUUAAGAAUCCAAUGUCUGAGAUGACAGACUUGCCUUUUAUUAGCGAUGGUCGUGAGUCGAUGUUGGAGAAAGUCCAGUACGUGUGUGCCAUGGGAAUCUACAGAACUGACCUCAGGGAUGAGCUGUACUGCCAGCUGUGUAAACAGCUGACGAACAACCCGUCACGGAACAGCAUGAUGAGGGGCUGGGUUCUCAUGAUGCUGCUUGCAGGAUGUUUCACCCCGUCAGAGAAGUUUGCGCCAUGUUUUGAAACCUUUCUCCGAGAUGGACCUGCCGAGUAUGCGCAGAAGGUUGAUCGGAUCCUCAGACGAACAGGUCUCGUGGGCACGCGCAGUUUCCCGCCAAGCUGGCUAGAGUUUCAGGCUGCCAAGAACAGCAAGCCGAUCCUGAUACCGAUCACGUUCAUGAACAACGAUCGCCUGCUGCUGGAGGUGGACGCGGCCUCCACGGUGAAGGAACUGUGCUGGCAGAUCUGCGAGAUGGUGGACAUCAAGCAGAAACAGGGAUUCUCCGUCUACAUCUGUCUGCAGCAGAAGAUCUCCUGUCUUGGCCACGGCCUACACAGGAUCCUAGAUGCCAUAUCCGAGUGUGAGCAGCGCACCAGGGAGCUGGGAAUGAAGGAGAGCAGCGCCCUCUGGCGACUCUACUUCCGGAAGGAAUAUUUCACACCUUGGCACGACGCCAAGCUCGAUCCUGCUGGAACUGACGUCAUAUACCAGCAAAUCAUGCGCGGGAUAUCACUCGGCGAAUAUAAAUGCCAAAAUGAAGACAUGUACGUUCUCCUUGGAGCUCAGAAGUAUUAUUUAGAAUAUUCGGACCAAAUCGACGAGACCCAACUGGAUUUCCUUGCCAAGAACUGGUUCCCUAAGAUAUGGAUCGAGGAGUUUGGCUCGGGAUAUUUCGUGAAGAAGGUCAUGGACGCCGUGAAGACCAACUUCUCCAAAAAGCAGAGAAGCAAGGAGUCGAUCAAGAUGGACAUUGUGACGUUCGCUAUAGACAAGUGGUCGCUGUUGUUUUCCAGGUUCUAUGACGCGACCAAGUUCGUGGGGGCGGGCGUGGGUUGGGCAGAUAUCAUAAUAGGACUCAGUGGGAAGGGCAUGUGUGUGCUGGAUGAUGGUGACGCCAUUAGGAUACAGAUACCAUUCUAUGAGAUGUCAAAGGUCAAGAGAACGAGGCAGAGCGUGGUGCUGUCCACGUUUAAAGGGGAGGAAUACACGAUAACGACGCACCAUUCGGAAGACUUAAAUAGAAUCCUGUGUUCUUUUUUGUAUGGACUACGCAUGCGCUCUCGAUACGCAAUCGUCAUGCUCGAUUCCAAACAACUGGAAGCAGCAUCUGGCCUGAAUGUGGUGCGUGGGGACCUCAUUAUACUGGAUCAGCCGUACGAAGUGUUCAAACACAAGGACCUUUACAGAGGGGUGUGCAAGAGAACCGGCAAGUCAUGUGACAUACCACGUGACCUAGUCUACAUCAUCCAGACGGUGAAUGAACCCACCAUUGAUAUUCUGGGGAUGUUCGUGGUGCAAUUUCAGAAGGAUCUAGCGAGUUUCACGUCUGCUGACAAUGAACCCCCACACACGCUACAGGCAUACUCCCGACUACACUUCAGACAAGCUACGGAAAACCCUGUCUCCAAAUUAUUCAAGUCUUCGUUCAAGCGAGACAAGAACGAAACCACUUGGCAGUUCAGCAAGGAAAGUCUAAAGAAACCGCUGCUGAGAAGGACGAUAACCAGGGAGGAUCUCAAGAGCGUUGCCUGCCGCUGUUUUACUGCUAUCCAGCAGUUCAUGGGAGACGCUAGUUUGAAAGAGGAUAUCACAGAAAAACAACUGGUCACCGACUUCAUCAUAGAUCCCACGAGAAGGAACCGCUAUCUGAGAGAGGAAGUGUUCUGUCAGUUGAUGAAACAGUUGACGAACAAUCCCGACAGGUCGAGCGAGAUGCGAGGCUGGCAACUGAUGAUGGUUCUGUGUACGACGGGCAUCCCCACCAAUGAGCUGGUGGACGAGUUACAAAAGUUCUUCAGGACUCGCAAGGAUUCGCCGGCCGCCCACGAGUGUGUCAGUCGACUGGCCACGUGCAGCGAACAGGGUUGUCGGCAUUACUCUCCUCAAGACAUUGAAUUCGACAUGCUGGCGACCAAACAACCAACAAUCCGAAUUCAGAUCGUUAUACCUGACGGCACAAAGCAGACAGUCGAGGUUGGGGCGCUGACCCGGAUUAUCGACAUCAAACGUGAGGUGUGUAAGAGACUCGACCUCAGGACCUCGGAGGAAUUCAGUAUCGUGCUCUGUGUUAACAAAAAAGUCCAUGCAUUGUCACCCAAGAGCUAUUACUUCGACUGUCUGGGCCACGCCGACAACUUCUGGAUACCAAGAAAACAUGGAUACUCGUCAGGUACUGAACCAGCAUUAGUGAUCCUGAAGAAAAUCUGGGUGAACUCCGAACCUGGGAUAGACAGUGUUGCGGAUAGCACAUUCCACUUCCCGCAGGAACUGCCGAAUUAUAUUCGAGGAUAUCACCACUGCAGCGUGGAGGAUGCCAUCAAACUGGCCGCUCUUGUGUACAGAUCAAGAUGUGGAAGCGAUAAGGGCGGGCUCUCUCAGUUUUCUGAAAUUGCCUCUUCUUUGCUUCCAAACCCUCUUCUUAAAACAGAUUCCAUGGAACACUGGCAGGAGACUGUUAGUAAGUGUUACAACGACAACGAUUCCGUUCCGCUGACCUCGGACGCCGCCAAGACUGAGUUUCUGCGAAUAUUGAGUAAACAGCCAACUUACGGAUGUGUGUUCUUCGAAGUCAAGCAACGAACGAGAAAAGAGUAUCCAAAGAACAUCAUCGUCGCCAUCAACAUGCGGGGACUACAUCUCAUAGACGCUAAAACACAGAAAAUACUGGUUACCUAUGACUUCCAGAAAAUCCCCAACUGGGCCUAUGACGAGGACUCACUCACCCUCGUCAUUGUGGAAGGAAGUCAAACCAACAAGAUUCUCCUCGAAACACAGCUGGGGCACAACAUGGACGAUGUUUUAAUGUCGUACAUUGGCUGGCUCAUGAAUGAUCAGAUGCGACGCAAGCAGGGAUUCUCGGGUUAUCCAAUAGGAGAAAGCCAUUGUUGAAUGACGUCACAACGCUAACAGAUGACGCAAGAUCACUCCUUAAUUAUCAGGCCUUAAUUAGAAUAGUUUUCAAGCAAAACAGAAGAUUAUUAGGCAGAAUGGUGCUUUUAUUUCUGACGUCAAUAUACACUUUGUGUGUCCAUCAUACUACGUCACAAGACUUAACUACCAUCAGUCUUAAGGCUAGUGGGUACAGGGUUCGUUACCUGGUAAGCGGUUCCCAGCGAGAGAGAGAGAGAGAGAGAGAGAGAGAGAGAGAGAGAGAGAGAGAGAGAGAGAGAGAGAGAGAGAGAGAGAGAGAGAGAGAGAGAGAGAGAGAGAGAGAGAGAGAGAGACAGACAGACAGACAGAGAGAGAGAGAGAGAGAGAGAGAGAGAGAGAGAGAGAGAGAGAGAGAGAGAGAGAGAGAGAGAGUUCAAUGACUCAAAGGACAGAUGUAAAGGCCGCUACACAGACGUUUCUCUCGUUAACCACAAAUAUCUAAUCACUGCAGUAACUCACUGCCCUUGACAGACAGCCUGAGGUAUGAAAAUAAAUUAAACAAAAGAACUUGACUAUGAUAUACAUAAUGAGUUGUAGAACUUCAGACAAGAUCAAGUCUGAAAAGCGUGUAAAAUUUGUUGUUCGUACAAUAUAUGUGAAGAAACAGCUGUGCUUAGGCCAAAAAACCCCAACCAACCCCCCCACCCCCACCACCAAAAAAAAAAAAAAAAGAAAAAAAAAAAAGAGUAGGUCUCUGAGUAGACAAAAGCUCCAGAAUCGCAGCGAUGCAGCUUUUUUUUCUUUUCGUUUUUAAAAGCAUGGAUUGCACAGAAAAGGUGGGUAUAUUUGAUACUGAAAAAGGGGCAUAUUUAAAUUGAAAUCAGAAUACACGUCCUAGUACAUGCGCGAUGGCAUUUUGGCUCCAAAUGCGGUUUUAACGUCAUAGCAAGAAACCCGUAACAAAAAUCAACGUCAUACCGCGGGUAAUUAAAAACCCCCAAAUAUUGACGCGCGCGCUAACCAGAGACCACAAACUUAUUUUGUUUGGCCUUGUCGCAAAUUAUUAGAACGUCGACACCGUACAACGGAAGAAGAUAUAUUUUUAUUUGCCACAUUUAUAGAAUUUUUUUCCUUAAGUAAUGUUGUUGAUAUCAGCUGGUGUGAACAGGGUCCGUGUACCCAGAGAUACACGACUACUCCUCGUGGAAUAUCUCACAUACAUUUCUAGGACAUAUAGAAUAUGUAUCAUAUCUAUCUAGGUGACCCACAAGCAUAGCUUAUAAUUAUAUACUGAAUAAUCGCGAAUAUCUUAAUACACUCCGUUAGUUUUUUUGUGUUAACAUUAUCAAUAUCUUGUGGCCAUUUUAGGGCCAUUUUGAUAGACUAUGGACUGAACUAACUACAUCAUGAAAAAAGUAUAUACUCUUCAAAAAAAGUAGGGGAACCUGAAAUAUUAAUGUUAAUAUCAACUAUUAGACCGAACAUACGUUUUUACCACAGACAUCCUAGUAAAGAAAGUUCAGGUCUGUUUAUCAACACACCGAAACACAUUCCAUAGUUUGUACGUGCGUGGGAUGUCAUUCUCUAUUUUGACAAUUUCCAGGGAGGUCGAUUAAUUACUGUGGAACAUUAUUUCUGUCAAUCAUUUUCAUUCUGUUGAUACAGUUGUUAUUGUUUUGUGGUUUAUCAUUUUUAUUGUUUGAAUUUCAA